AUGAGGUAUAGCAGCUGGCCACUACUGAUUCGAUAUGCGGCGUCCAAAGUAACAGCAAUCCCUUUCAAAUCGCGAUACCCCUUCCUGUGCGCCUAUUUCCAAACAACUCCGCAGCGAAGUUACAACACUCCCACGAUCAACAUUGAUCGCAAGAUUGCCGGCGUUGAAAAGGUCUUCGACUACUGCUUCAAGAACAAGAUCAUUUGCGCAGAGUCAGUCCAAAUGGCAGCCCCAGAAGCGCUUCUCAGCAUCAGAGGCCGUGAGUACAGUAUUGUACAUAACAGACGCCUAGAGCUUGUCGGCGACAAGAUCAUGGGUCUUGUCUUAUCACAAAGAUGGUAUCAGGUCCGCAAUCAGAAUGGCCAUGCCAGUCCAGUAAAAACUUGGAAUGACAUUCACAAAUCCCUCAUUUCGAACGAAGCUCUCGCAGUGCGCGGCUUCAAGCUCGGCCUCGACGCUUUUGUUGUCCCGGCAUCUGGCAUACACGUCACGAAGAACAUGAUGGCGGACGCAUUCGAAGCCAUGGUCGGAGCCGUAUCGCUUGAUGCGGGAGAAGAUGCUAUUGAGGCUGUUCAUGAUGUUCUUGAGCGUACUGGCUUCUUCAAUCAUCCUAUGCUGGUAAGGUAG